AAGCUUAGAGGACCAAUCACAGCGACGUGGAGGCAGGAACAAUGGGAAAUAAAGGUCGGACGGAAGUUCCCGAAGCUUCCGGUGGCCGGCUUAAUUGGGAGCUAUGGCUAAACAUCAUCCUGAUUUGAUCUUUUGCCGCAAGCAGGCUGGUGUUGCCAUCGGAAGACUGUGUGAAAAAUGUGAUGGCAAGUGUGUGAUUUGUGACUCCUAUGUGCGUCCCUGCACUCUGGUGCGCAUAUGUGAUGAGUGUAACUAUGGAUCUUACCAGGGACGCUGUGUGAUCUGUGGAGGCCCUGGGGUCUCUGAUGCAUAUUAUUGUAAGGAGUGCACCAUCCAGGAGAAGGAUAGAGAUGGCUGCCCAAAGAUUGUCAAUCUGGGGAGCUCUAAAACAGACCUCUUCUAUGAACGCAAAAAAUACGGCUUCAAGAAGAGGUGAUUGGUGGGUGGCCCCUUCCUCCCCCCAACAUCAAGCUGCUGCAGCUGCCAGAAAACAUGCCUACUACUACCAGCAGAAAGGGAGCAGAGACCAUAGCAUCACCAGGAGUGCCUGCUAGUGUACUGGCAGCUUGCCACCCCCUCCUCUUCCUUCACCCAGACGUGGUAGGGAUGGAAAAGGAUUCUUCACAGAGCACUCUGGCACACCGUAUCAGAGAAAAGUUGGUAGAUUAGUUAAUGAUUUUUCUUGAAUUCGAGAAGCAGAGAUCUGUUCUCCAUAUUGAUAUGUUCUCCCUCAACCAAGAUCUUCUAAAAAGAAGUAAUAUUUUAGUCUUCUGCUUGAGGAGUUGGCUGUGAAGCUACAGCCGGUGAAAACCAUGUUCUUGCAGCAGCUCUGGUGGCAGCUGUCCUUGAGGAACUUUUGGUGUGUGGUGGGAAGCUAUCAGAACAAGAAAUGUAGGCAUUUACUGUUUUGGGGGGAGAGGGAGGGGCGCUCCGCCAUCUUGAAAGGCAUUUAUUCGUUUAACACUUGUGCCCGUGUCAUGUUAUUUUCCUUUUGAGAAAUUGGGAACUCUGUUGCUAUUAUGUUAAUAAAGUUGGUGUUUAUUUUCUGGUA